AUGCCGGUGCUACAGCGACGGAGGGUUGAGUGGAUACAUUUUUUGACGUGUGGUGUGUGGCGUGAUGUGGAUGUGGAUGGGACGGGGGAUCUGAAGCUUGUAAAGGAUGGGUCUCGUGUGAAAGCUUGGGUCACACAAUAUCACUCGGUGCUACGAGCUAACAAUUUUCACGGCACUGGUGGCCCAACAACCGGUUAUGAGCUCGGGAUUGUAAUCUGCUUAUUAGGAGACCCCAUUACUACAUCUCAUUUUAUAACUGGAACAAACCCCAUCGCCGCAAAACCACCACAACCACAACGAUCUUCACCAUCCCUUAUAUCCUACUAA